CAUUUCAGAAUCUGAUUUCAAAAUAAGCUCAUCAGGAUUAUCAAUAAAUUUAUGUAACAGUUAUGCAGAUAUGUUAGUGCAGCUUAAACAUGAACCUGCACUUGAUCGCAGGCCUCCAUUGGAUUUAAAACUCAGUUCAGCCAAUGUAAAUGUGAAUAGCAAAAAUAGUAUUGGAAAUAGGCUAAUAGAUUUAUUUAUUAUUACACAAGCAGAUCAUCAUCAUGUGAUAUCUAGGGAUACAUGUAAUAAAAAAUAUAGAGAUGAUAGCAAUACCAUAUUUGACACUCAUGAAAAUUAUUCUAUUGAUGUUUCAAAUGUGGACAUUAUUCAAGAUAUUAUCAGUAAGGUUGAAAUCUCUGGAAAUGAAUGCGUCACUAUGGGAAGAUCCAUGUCAAAACAUAUGGUGAAUAAUGAAUUGGUGAAUCAUAAGGAAAACUCUUUGAUAAACAAUGAAGAUAUGCAAUCAUGGAGUGAGGAUGGGAUGGAAAGAUCAAAAACGAACAUAGACAAUCAUGAAAAUGACGAUUUCAAUAGAAACAAUGACAUGAGUGAUACAUUAUUGCAUGACUGCUCGUCUUUUGAGAUUCAAAGUACUCCAGUCAAAGAAUGUCAGACACUUAAAACAACUCAUGACAAUAGUAGAUGUAUGAUGCGUACCGUGUUUGUCUCAAGUUUGGAGGCUGACAUAGCGGAGGGCGACAUAUGUCGGUGUAAACUGGAGUCUAUUAUUUGCAAUGGUGAUUGUGAAAAUGACAAUAACAUUAUUGCAAUGAGUGAUCAUAAUGAUGAAGAUGUUUUCUCAAGCUGUUUAUCUAUAAAUAAAUCUCUGUAUAGUCCAAACACAACACAAUAUAAAAGUCUUGACAAUACUGUUGAAAGUGAAUCAGAUAAUGAUGACGACAUAGACAAGGAUUUAAAAUUUGUCUCAACUGAUUCUCUACAUAUUGAAAAUUAUCAUGACUUCAUCAAUAUUGUUGAUGACAUCAUGGAUGAGACUGAUUGUGAACCAGAAUGGGAUGCAUAUGACACAGUCAUCAAUGAUGAUGAUGAUGAUGAUGAUGAUGAUGAAAGUAAAGAGAUUGAAUGUUCCGUUAAUUCAGUUUUAUCAAAUACUGGUCCUACAAGACCUUAUAGUUUUGGUUAUUAUAGCUAUUCAGAAAUCAAUGAUGAUAUACCAUGCAUUGAUAAUGGCCUGGAAACAGAACCAAAAGAGCUUUCUAUCAAUGAUCAUAGCGCUCCCAAUUCUGAAAUAUCUGAUACAGAAUCAUGGACAGAGUUUGGUUCAAAUGUUGAUUCACCUAUGUAUAUUCAUGCUGUGAAAUCUAGUGCCAUAGAAAAAAGGAAAUGUAGUGCAAUAAAAACAAGGUUAUCUAGUUGUUCAAGGCACUCAAGCACUUCAGUUGACCCAGAUCCGGCAACUGACACAAGUUUGGACAGAUGGUCUGAUGCGGAAGAGGUAUUUGAGAAUACUUUCUAUCAUUCUUUUGCUGAUGGAUCUAUUGUGAAUACUGAUAGUGAAUUAUCUUGUAUUGAAGAAGAUAAUGAUAAGGAUGAGGAUAUAUCAAAAAUGGUGCAUCAACCAUUUGCCAGAAACGCAGUAAUACAAGUACUUACUGAGAAAAUUGAUGAUGAAAUAGCAUUGAAGUAUAACCAAGAUGGCAUUGAAUCUGUAUUUCUUGAACAUUAUGAUGACUUUGUGAAUAUUGUAAUGCCACAUGAAAAGAUUGUAGAGGAAAAAGAGGUUUGGGAUGAUUUUGUCCCAGGGUGGCAAGGCGAUGGCUUGUGGUUGGAUUAACAGUUACCCUUAUUCUAAACAAUGUUUAUUGCCACAGUGUAAUGUAAAUUGCAAGCUUGGUAUAAGCUUUAUGUUAAAUAUUUAUACUUGUAUAAUGCAUUUAGAAGUGAAGCACAUUCAGGCUAAGUAUUUUGACACAGGAUUAAUGUUAUUGUCUAGAUUUAGUUUACUAAUGAUUUAUAGGGACCUGGGUUAUUUUGUGUUUCUCUCAUGUUGCCUAUUGGGUUUCUAUUUACUUAUACUUUAUAUCAUUUAUUUAUUUAUAAAGUGUUCCCCACUAGCAGUUUCUGUAUUAGUCUUGUUAUCCCUUGUGCAGUUCAAGAGACUCAGUGCAAGUCUAUCUCUACAUUCCAAUUAUUUUUGAUGCAGAGAAUCACCUAAAGGUUGUGUUUUUGAUAAAUCUCCUAUUAUAAAAGUAAUACAAUUCUUACAUUUCGAUUUUUAAACAAUAUUUUUCUUAUUGUUGCAAUUGUAAGAAUGAUUAGGCUAUAAUUGUGGGAUUUAUUGACCCAAUGAACGAUGUUCUGUUGGGAUAUACUGAAGCUGUCCGUCCAUCUAUCCGUCCAUCUGGCCAUUCCUCCGUCAGUCCGUCAGUCAAUCAGAAUUCUGUGUAUAAUUUUCUAUUAAAACCACUUUGAUUUUUAGUUAUUUACCUUUAUUCAAUUUUCUAGGAUUUUCAAGUCUUGUGAAAUGAGCUAAAUUAUUAAUCAAAACAAAUGGAAAUACUUUGCCAGUUGUUUCUAUCUUAUGAAUAGUAUUCUAGCCUUACCAACACAUAUGCUGCCAUAUAUUUAUCCAUUUAUAUAGCAAGUGUUGCAUUAUGAAUUUGUUUGCUAUGAUUAUUAUCAACUGGAAAUUGGUAUUUUAAAAAGCUUUCAGAAUUGAUUUUUAGUUGAGAUAUUGAUUUUUCUACAAGAUGCCACAUAUUUUAUGAGUCAUCUGAGUGCAAGAUUUAUUGCAGUUCUUUUUCUUUUGUAAUACAUUUAAUACCUGAUGUCUGAUAAUAAAUGUAUUGAAGGACCCCUAAUACAUAGUGUUCAUUUUUUAUAAGUUAAGUUGUAAUAAGUUGAAGUUGAAGAAAAUAUGUCAUAAUGUAUAAUAAUUCAAGAUAUUGGAAAUUCAGAUGACAGAUUUUCUUGAAUUUUUACUUUUUAGACAGAUUUACAAUCUGGAGUAUAAUAAGAAUAACUAGACAUUAUGGAGACUCUGUAGGUCGUAGGCUUUUUUUUUAAAUUUCUUUUUUUUUCAAAAAUCUCUAAAAUAACUUCUUUUCAAAAAUCUCUAAAAUAACUUUUAAAGGAGCAUGUAAGUUAUGGCAAGCCAUUUUCAAAGGGCUAUAUCUUUAGUUCGAAGAAUAAUUUAACCACAAAAUCAAAUGGUUCUAUUAGAUCCAUGUCUUAUCUUCAAUAAAUGACAUUAGGAUGAUAAUCAAAAUGAUUGGAUUAUCUCUUAAGCUGUCCCUAAUCCACCCAUCCUCACCAAUUUCCCCUAAUUCAGACGCAAUUUUCACCAAAAGUGCAGGCCUUUUUAAUAAUUUUUAGUGCAAAGUUGUAUUGAACUUUCAGACAUGAUUUAAACUGUAAAGGGGAAAAGUUAAUUAUGAACCUACUUUUUGGUAUUUUUUUUCGUGAUUUUUUCGGAUUUUUUCUGAUAUUAUAAGGUGCUUCAUACUUAUAUUAUACAAUUACAAAAUAGAGGGCAGCUAAGUGUCAUGAAUAAUUUGUUUCGCUGUUUCAAACACUCGGAUAGUGACUUACUCAGCUUAUGGAUUGCCUUAAUCCUGUAUUUUACCUUGACAAUUGUUUGUGUAUAAAACAGUUGUGUCAUUCACGUAGAGCUAUUUAUAUACUGAAUAGUUCUUUCUAAUUACAUGUGCCUGGUUUUGGCUAUUCAACCUAGACUCUUUGUUUGGGCAGGCUGAAAUGAAUAAGUGUAAAAAUAAAAUGAAUCACAGGGUGAGGCAAAAAAUGUCAUCCAAAGAAAUGUUAUUAGCUCAUUCAUCCAGUAUGAGUUGAAAUCAUAUUUAGUUAAUUUUACCAUGUAAAAUCUUUUUGUAUUUAACCAUGUUUUAUGGGUCCAUUCCUCAAGGUCACAAUUCUAUGGCAAUUCUACAAAUUUCAGCCUCAUCCCUUCAGGCAGACCUACACUGGUCGGUUGAGAAUGUAAGGUCACCAUCACAGAAAUUGUUCUCCUACUUGUUGUAGGGGUUGACAUUAUCUCAGAGAUAGCCCGUAGUCAUGAGAUGAGGCUGGCAUUUUGGACCAUGUUUCGUUUUAUAUAGCCAUAAAAUCCAAGACUAUUUGGGCAGGGUCGAUAAUAACGACAUUUCUAAGGGCAAUAUAGUGAAAUAUUGGACCGAGGGCCAAAGACCCAAGGUCCAAUAUUUCACUAUAUUGUUCGCAGAAAUGACGUUAUGAGUAUUAUUACCACCGUUAACGACCAGGGCUGAAAUAACAAGAAAAUCUUACGCACUGAACGAUAUCUAAUUUCCCGGGGAAAAAUUCCCAGUCCAGAAUAUAUUCUAGACCGGUCCAUAUGGACCACCACUAUGACGUCACACAUUUCUUAGGUCGACAUAGUAAAAUGAACGCCUUCUAAACUAGCACUAAAACCCCUAGAACUGGCCCGGCAAGGUGGUAAUAAUUAAACUUAGUAAAAUGAAAUAACAUUAAACAAGGUUUUAUUAUGCGAAAUAACACUUUAACAGAUGCGGAAUUUGUUUGGGCUAUAUUUUUGGCUCACUCGGUAUUAGACUGCACUUUGAUAGUAUUCAUAAUGUCAUAUGUUGGGUAAAAGGCGAUGAUUUAACCUACUGUUGAUGGCAAAUUCAUUUUAAUACGAAUGAAUAGUGGCAGGUGCUAUUUAUAUCUAAUGAGCCAUAAAAUAGUAGGUUGAUCUGGCAGAUGUUAGUUGAAUUCGCGAAUACUACUUGUAAGGGGGUUUCAAAGCCCAUGGUCACCUUUGUAGUUUCUUCAUCCUAGGUCAAAUCCACUCAAGAAUGCUCUUAAUUACAAUGGUGUUAUAUUAGAUGCAGCAUCUAUUAAUUUCUUGAAUCACAGCACCCCUAAUCUUAAUCAUAAUUCCG